AUGCCCCCACCCUUCUCGUCAGCUCGGGGCUUCGGCGCGCCUCAUCCCCGCCCCUCACCCCGGGAGAGGAGCGGGCGGCGCGGUACGGCCCGCGGAGAGAGGCCGGGGGAAGCGGACGGCCUCCGUUCGGCAGCAGGGGCCCGUAGCCGUCCGCCCUCGGGCGAGCCAGGCCCGAGGGCAGCCCCGGAGACCGCGGCGGCCGGAUGCGCGGGCGCGUCACUUCCGGGCGGUGCAGCGGCGGCCGCUUGGAAGAUGGCUGCGCCCUGUGGCUCGGAGCUGCCCGCCAACUCGCCGCUAAAAAUCCCGAAGAUGGAGGUGCUCUCCCCGGCUUCUCCUGGUGGCCUGAGCGACGGAAAUCCAUCGCUGUCCGACCCUUCCACGCCUCGGGGUGCCUCCCCGCUCGGGCCGGGCAGUGCGACGGGCUCGGGGGCAGCGGCGUCUGGGGGUCUCGGGCUGGGGCUGGGGGGCCGCAGCGCCGCCUCGUCCUCGGUCUCCUUCUCCCCUGGUGGCGGCGGUGGCGGGGCUGCGGCAGCCGCCGCCGCCGCCUGCCGGGGCAUGUCGUGGACGCCGGCCGAGACGAACGCGCUCAUCGCAGUAUGGGGCAACGAGCGGCUGGUGGAGGCGCGGUACCAGCAGCUGGAGGGAGCCGGCACGGUGUUCGGCAGCAAGGCCCCUGGGCCAGCCAUGUACGAGCGCGUGUCCCGGGCCCUGGCCGAGCUGGGCUACGAGCGGACCCCUUCCCAGUGCCGGGAGCGCAUCAAGACCCUUCGCAGGUGUUACAGUCGGGUGAAAGAACAUGGUGUUGGGAAAAGAAAGAGCAGUUACACAUUUGAACAGUUGGAACAGGUGUUUGGUCAGGGAGGAUGGGAUGCUCAGCCCUGCCAGCCUGUACUUAUUAACAGUAGUGGCUUGUACCAGGAGCUGGAGUCAGAUGGCAGCACUAUGGAGGAGUAUUCACAGGAGGACUGGGGAAACCACAGUCAGGAUCUCCAUGGCUAUCCAACAGAUCAGGAAUUGGAUGAAAUACCUGUCACAAAGAGAACAUUAAAAAUAAAACAAGAGUCUUCUGAAGAAGCACAGAAGAGAGACAUCAUGCAAAAUAUCGUACAGAUUUUGGAAUCAGUACAAUUGAAAUGGGAACUGUUUCAGAGCUGGACAGACUUUUCAAGGCUUCAUCUUUCUAAUAAACUGGCCAUUUUUGGAAUUGGUUAUAACACCCGUUGGAAAGAGGAUAUCCGUUACCAUUAUGCUGAGAUCAGCUCCCAGGUGCCCCUGGGCAAGCGACUCCGGGAGUACUUCAACUCCGAGAAGCCCGAGGGACGGAUCAUUAUGACCCGCGUGCAGAAAAUGAACUGGAAAAAUGUUUACUACAAAUUUUUAGAGAUCACGAUUAGUGAAGCUCGGUGCCUGGAGCUGCACAUGGAAAUUGACUGGAUACCCAUUGCCCAUUCCAAACCAACCGGUGGGAACGUUGUUCAAUAUUUAUUACCAGGAGGCAUUCCCAAAAGUCCAGGCCUUUAUGCCAUUGGUUAUGAAGAAUGUAUUGAGAGGCCCCCCUCACCCCACAUGGAGCGACGUUCCCUAGACCCAGGAAAGGAGGGCCGGGUUGACUUGGAGACCCUGUCAGCACAAGCCUCAUUACAGGUGGAAAUCGAACCCACCCGAAUAAUCUAUUGCUACCUCGGGAUUGCUGAGGUCAGGACUCUCCAGCAAUGCUUAUUUUUACAUUUCCAAGCAAAUACCAAAACCUUCAGCAAAGAUUGGGUUGGUAUUAAUGGGUUUUUGUCUCAGAACUGUAUUGUGGAUCCUGGAGUUUCCCCCAAAUCCAUCUAUAUCAAAUUUGUCGAAGUAGAGAGGGAUUUUCUUUCCGCUGGCUCUUUAGUUGAGUGCCUGGAAAAAGCCAUUGGAUACCCCUUAAAAUUUAACAACUGAAUGUCAUCCUUCAUAAGGAUUUGGGCUCUUACCUCCCUCUUCUCUACUCACUUUCCAUUACUCAGACUGCCCCUCAUCCAGAUGCUGCCAUCAGACUCUUCAUGGGAAUUCUUUCCACAAUUGGGCCAGUACAACUUCUACAGAAUCAUAUUAGACUUUGGGCAGAAAAAACUGACCUCACCUGAAAAUGCUCAUUUUGAGCAAGCAAGAUAUACAGCGAACUUGCAUGGUGGGUCAACUGUUUCUUUUUUAAAAACAAAAAACAAUUUUUAAAUGGAUUUUAGAGCCCUAAUAUAAACAAAUGUAGGUACAUUCCAUAUUGGACAAAACUUAUACUUUGAGUUUCAUAUGAAAUUGAAAAAUUGUAUUUUUUUCACAAUGUUUCAUUUUUACACAUCUCUAUGUCUCUAUAUAAGUGUUAUUUACAACCCUGAAUAAAUAAGCAAUAGAUAAUGGCAAGUUAAAUCUUGAGUCACCGUAAAUAAGACUGUUUUUCAAUAUCACCCUUAGCUAUAUUGUAUAUAAUUUAGAGUUUCAUUUUUUUCACCAACCAAGUGUUUUGCUAUUCCCGAUCAGUGUUGCCUGCAAAGACCUUUGUUUCUGUGAUGUACCAACUUUAUGGUUGUGUUACCAUUUAAACUUUUUAACAAAGAAAUUAUUAAAGUAAUUCUUGACCUCUUGGA